AUGACAGAUUCAGCUGAUCCUCAUAAAGACCAUCUUACAACACAAAAAGAAGCUCAUAGUGAAGAAGAAUUAAAUGACAGUAUGAUUGAUCAAAUAUUACAAGAAAGUGAUGAUAAUAAUAAAACACAUCAUGAAUAUGAAACAGAUGAACAUCAGGAAGAUGAUUUAGAUGUGAGACCAAAUGAUGGUAUAGAGGAAGAAGAAUUAGAAGAUAGAGAGUAUGAAAAAGAAAUUGGUAUAGCAAAAGGAGUGAAUGAACUUAAUGAAACAGAGUCAUCUGAUGAUGAAGGAGAAGAUUUAUUUAAUCCUAAAUUAAUGGAUGAAGACUAUGAAAGAAGUGAAGAAAGUGAAUAUGAUGAUCCUAAUUUGAUUAACAAUGAGAUUGAACAUAAUGAAGGUGUUGAUGAAAUUGAGGCUCGAAGAAAAGCAGAUGAAGAAAUUGAUAGAAGAAAUGCACUAAUGAGGAAAGUUAUUGAUGAAGAAGAUUCAAGUAUUGAAGAAUUUAAUUUACUUGUUGAACAACAACAUAGAAGAAGGAGUGAAAUUGAAAAAUUAACAAUGAGACAAGACACUGAUAUUGUCAUUCCACAAUUUGGAUUAAAUGAAGAAGAAGUAAAAGAACGAUUUAAGCAACGAGAAAUAGAAAAAAUGCCAAUUGAACAAUUACAAAUGAUGAUGAGUGAAGCUGAAAGUAAAUUACAAAUGUAUACUAAAGAACAUAUUAAGGAUGCUAUUUUAAAAGAAGAUGUUCAUGAUUUGUUAGUAGAAACAUUAAAGAAUUUUUUAUUAUAUUACACAGAAACAGAGACAUCAAAGAAUGUUGUUUAUAUUUUAUCAAUUAGAAAAAUGGUAAGUAGAAAUUCAGGAAGUUUGGAUGUUAGUUUUCUACAUCUAGCAAAGUCAUCAAAGUUAUUAGCUCAAUGGAUUGUAUUAUGUCCAUCAAGUGUAAUACCAAUUUUUUCAGAAGCUGCAACACAAGCCACACUCCUAUUAUAUCCAGAUUAUAAAGAUAUUAGAAAACAAGUUAAUGUUCGUAUUGUUGAUUAUACUACAAGAAUAGCAAUUAGGGACUUAAGACAUUGUCAUAUUAAUACUUUAAUUCGUGUUGUUGGAAUAGUAACCCGAGUCACUGCAAUUUUUCCACAGUUAAAAGCAGUGAAAUAUAUUUGUUCAGUAUGUCAAGCACGAUUAGGACCAUAUUUUAUUAAUAAAGAAAUGAAUAAAGUUCCACAACUUCAAGUAUGCACUGUUUGUCAAUCAAAAGGACCUUUUAGUAUUGAUGUACAGAACACAAUUUAUCAAAAUUAUCAAAAGAUUACAAUACAAGAACCACCUAAUAGUGUUUCUGCUGGAAAUGUCCCUCGUACAAAGGACGUUAUUUUAUUAGGUGAUCUUAUUGAUAAAGCACAACCAGGAGAAGAAAUUGAUAUAACUGGAAUGUAUGUCCAUAACUAUGAAACAGGACUUAAUCGUAAUUUUGGAUUUCCAGUAUUUUGUACAGUUAUUGAAGCAAAUACUAUAGAAAAAAGAAGUGGUGAUGUUAUUUCAACAACAAUAACUCAUGAAGAAGAACAAGAAAUUAGAAGAUUAGCAAACAACCCACAAAUCUUUCAAAUCAUUAUUAAUUCAAUUGCACCAGCAAUAUAUGGACAUGAUGCCUCAAAAGCAGCAAUUGCACUUGCACUUUUUGGUGGAGAACAAAGGGUUUUAGUUGAUAAAGGAAAUCAUAGAACGAGAGGUGACAUUAAUGUACUUUUACUUGGUGAUCCAGGAACUGCCAAAUCACAAUUAUUAAAGUAUUCACAAAAAUUAGCACCAAGGGCUGUUUUUACUACAGGAAGAGGAAGUACUGCUGUUGGUUUAACUGCAGCUGUAAAAAAAGAUUCAAUGAAUGGAGAAUGGGCAUUGGAAGGAGGUGCAUUAGUUCUUGCUGAUGAAGGUGUAUGUUUAAUUGAUGAAUUUGAUAAAAUGGAUGAUCAAGACAGAACAUCUAUUCAUGAAGCAAUGGAACAACAAUCAAUUUCUAUUUCUAAGGCUGGUAUUGUUACUAGUUUAAAAGCACGUUGUUCUGUUAUUGCAGCAGCAAAUCCUAAAACAGGAAAAUAUAAUCCAAACAAGAACUUAAAUCAAAAUGUAAAUCUAACAGAACCUAUUAUUUCUCGAUUUGAUCUUAUUAUGAUUGUUAGAGAUGUUGUGGAUUAUGAAAAAGAUUAUAAAUUAGCACAAUUUGUAGUUGAGUCUCAUUCAAUAAAUCAUCCUGAAGCUUCUCAAAAAAGAGAGUCAAUUGCACCAAUUGUUAAUAAAACAAAUAUCAUUUCACAUGUUUUAUUAAAGAAAUAUAUUGCUUAUGCUCGUCAAAAUUGUCAUCCUAAAUGGAGUGGGACUGUUGGAUCACAAAUGAUUCAACAAGCUUAUAUAGAAAUGAGAAAAUGUUGUGAUAAAUAUCAUACUGGGCAAGUUACUGCUCGUCAAAUUGAAGCAAUUAAUCGUCUUUCAGAAGCACAUGCUAAGAUUCAUUUACGAGGAGUUGUAACAACAGAAGAUGUUAAAAUUGCAUUAAAAAUUACAUUAAAAUCAUUUAUAAGUUGUCAAAAAACAGAACAAGCAAAACAAUUACAACAACAAUUUCAAAAUUAUUUGAAUUGA